AGAUGUGAAUGUUCUUGGUCUGUCUCCUCCCCUCUCACUGCAGACAUGAAACACUGGCUGAGAAACAUCCUGAUUCUGACUCUUUGGAUAGAGUGUAAAGGAGAAGACAAAGUGACCCAGCCAACAGGAGAUGUCACUGCUGUUCAAGGACUCACACUGACUCUACAAUGUACAUUUGAGACCAGCAGCACUAAUGCAUAUCUGUACUGGUACAAACAGGAAGUGAAUGAUUAUCCCAGAUACAUGUUACAGAUAAAUAAAUUCGUAUCAAAAACAGUUAAAGCUCCCGAGUUCCAGGACAACAGAUUUGACGCCGAGAUCAACCAGACCUCAUUUCCUCUGAAGAUCCAGAAGCUUCAUGUGUCAGACUCUGCUGUGUACUACUGUGCUGUGAGGCCCACAGUGACAGGAAACAGCAAAACUCUGAACAAAAACCUCUGGAGCAAGGAAACCAGUGUCAACCAGAGGAAAACAGGAAAACUGUCCUUGGUCAUCAAAGCUCUCCUGAUAAAACCUCAUCUGGACGCUGGUCUCCUCUCCACCUACCGGCCCAUCUCCCAUUCCUCUCCAAGGUGUUCCAAAAACGUGUUGACCUACAAUCACAUGAAAAAAGAAAGAAUGUCAACCUACACCCUGACAACAAUGUCAGUUUACUAUAUUGACUCUGGUGGGUGGGGAAAAUACCUGAGGGGAGGAGUCAAUGUAAAGACUUGA